AUGAUGUGCAACUUAAAAAGGCACCUAAGAACGGAAUGCGGCAAGGAAAAGAAACACUCCUGCUCUUUCUGCGGCAUGAGGAGACGGCAGAAUUACACACCGAAUCAGAUCUCGCUCCUCGAGAAGGAGUUUCAGGAAAACGCGUACCUGGACUCCUUCCGACGGGCGGCGAUAUCCCGCAAGCUGGGUCUGUCCCAGAAACAGAUCAAAAUCUGGUUCCAGAACCGGCGCAUGAAGGAGAAACAUUCUAAAAGGCUAAACGAGGCGGAUCACAACACUAACUCCUCCAGUUCGCAACCGGAAGGACCUCUCAAUUUGUCCAAUAGCGCAACGAGUUCCAGCCAGAGCGUUAAACCGGAACUACUCCCUGCGGAUAUCACCAGUCAGAUGCAGGCGCUCAUCGCGAAUCUCGCUCAUCCCUCCCUGAUCAACCCCCUCAACCACUUGCCGCAUAAUUUUCCGUAA